GCACUUUCCAAGGUUGAUACAUGUAUAAAAACAAUUCUUUAUUUCUGAGUAUUGUUUCCAAAUUUAGUAAACAGUAAAUGAGACCGAAGGAAACAGAAAUAAUGGCAGAAACAGAGGAAGCUUACAUCUAAUUCACAGCUAAAGUUAUCACCGCCGCCCCUGCUCAUAAAUAGGGCAUCGGAAACCAUAGAAAACCGGGGGAAUCGCGUUGGGGGAAGGCCCGCAAGAAUGUCAUUAUGGGUAUCACCACUACGCGCUGGGCAAGGCCAUAUUUGGCGGCAUCAUGGACGUCUAGGUGCUUCAAUUCAACUGUAAAAGCUCCAUGUGUAAUGGCAGGCAUUGGCAGAAUCAGUAGACAAUGGCAGCUUUCAGUCAAGUGGAAUUACGGGUGGACACAGAAACCUCCUACAGAUUCCCAACUUUACGCCGAUAAUUGUGAGCCGGUCGCGAGAUCGAAUCACAACGAGCCUUGGUUUGUGCUUUUGAGUAUUUAAGUCAAUGUUCGGUUAUGAUGCCCGAGGCCAUUGCAUGGCAAUUCGCAGGGGUUCGAAAUCCGAACGUAAUGCUACCGAUUGGAGCUGCAAUUUCCAUGCAUUUGCUCUAUAAACCCUAAAUCCUUUCUCAUUGUGUGAAAUUCUCUGUCUCUUGAUUUGCAUGAGUCACAAAAAUACUAGAAAGCCUUGUUUCUGUAAUGUGCAAUGAGGACGAGAAGCUCCAACGCGCAGAAAGUUGACUCAAGAAGAAGUGAAAGGCUUAAAAUUAUCACAGACGAAAAUAUACAACAGUCGGAAAGGAAGCGUCGCACAGAGACUGUGAAAAGUAAGUUUAAAGGUAAUAAUGUGAAUGUAAAUGACAGUCAACAGGUGAAGAAGCGUCCGAAGAGGGCAGUUAAUUCGAAUUUUAUCGGAGUCGCCAUUGAUAUGGUGGAUGCGAUGCGAAGAUGGCCUCAUCGUUACGAGCUCGAUAACUUUAAGGGAAAGUGUACAAGGCCUAUGAACCAGACUGAUGAUGGAAUUUCAAGAGAAAGAGGAAAGGAAGAUAAAGUGGUUGCUGAAUGCAUCGCUCACUAUACAAUGGCAGAUGUGGACGGAAUUAUUUAUGAACUUGGAGAUUGUGUUCAUCUUAAUUCUGACAGUGGGCCUGAUUAUAUUGGGCGAAUACUCGAGUUUUUUCAAACUAACAAUCAACAAUGUUGGUUUUCUGCUCAGUGGUUUUAUUAUCUUAAUGAUACGGCUAUUGGGAAACAUGAAGCAAAAGGUCAUGACAAGAGACGUGUAUUCUUGUCAACAAUGAAGGAUGAUAACUUCUUGGAGUGCAUCACUGCCAAAUUAAAGGUGAUCCAUGUACCUGCCUUGACAAGGUUCAUAUGUAAACAUGAGUCAAUACCUCCUUGCAACUACUACUACGACAUGGGCUAUGAUUAUGCAUUUUCAACAUUCAAGAGUCUUCUUGAUGAUACUGAACCGGCCAGUAGUGACUCAACAUCAACAACAUCUAUCAAUAAUGGUCCAAACCUCUUAAUCGAUAAAGUUUCAGAUAUAAGUUCAGGGAAGGGUAGAAGUGUAGUCGUUAACUCAGAGUUGAGUCUACUUGAUCUAUACUGUGGUUGUGGUGCGAUGUCAACAGGAUUGUGUAUGGGCACAAACUUAUCUGGUGUGAAACUUAUAACGAGAUGGGCAGUCGACCUAAAUUCUUAUGCUUGUGAGAGCAUGAAAUACAACCACCCAGAAACUAAGGUCCGCAAUGAAAUGGCUGAGGAUUUUCUACAUCUAGUAAAAGAAUGGAAAAAACUAUGUGAGAAAUACAUUGACUCUAGAGAUUACAAGAAGUCGGCAACUACCGAAAUUGACAAACAUAAUAGUUGCAGUUACAAAAAGAGUGAGGAUGAUUCACAUGUUGAUGAAGAAUUUGAAGUGGAAAAAAUCAUGGAUAUACGAUAUGUGGAUUCAUCUUUGUCUAAAUUAAGUGGAAUUCAAUUCAAGGUUCGUUGGAAAGGUUAUGGAGAGGAUGAAGAUACAUGGGAGCCCUAUGAAAGCCUGAUGAAAUGUGAAGAGUGCGUGAAAGAUUUUGUGACCCUGGGAAUAAGAAAGAGAAUACUCCCUCUCCCUGGUGAUGUUGAUGUUAUAUGUGGAGGACCACCGUGUCAAGGAGCAACUGGGUUAAAUCGUUUUCGCAAUGUGGCAGCUCCACUUGAUGAUCCACAGAAUUACCAGAUUGUUGUAUUCAUGGACAUAGUUGAUUUUUUGAGGCCACGAUUUGUACUGAUGGAAAAUGUUGUAGAUAUAUUGAAGUUUGCAGGAGGAAUUUUAGGAAGAUAUGCUCUUAACCGACUAGUAAAGAUGCAUUAUCAGGCUAGACUAGGCAUGAUGGUAGCUGGUUGCUAUGGCAUACCACAAUUUCGUAUGCGUGUGUUUUUAUGGGGGGCUUCUCCAUUAGAGAUUCUUCCACCAUAUCCUUUGCCAACACACGAUGUUGUCAUCAAAGGCAGUUUUCCUGUUAGCUGGGAGCACAAUGCUGUCGCAUAUGAUGAAAUAGACAAGCCGCAACUGCGUGAAGCAUUAGUUCUUGCUGAUGCUAUAUCAGACCUGCCACCUGUCAAAAAUUCUGAAGACAGGGAUUGGAUGCCAUAUAAUAGGUCAUGCCACUCAGAUUUUCAAUAUCUUGUGAGAUUGCCAAAGGAAGCCUUCAAUGGAGGAAAUUCUUCAGGUUCAAAACGUUCAAGAAACAAACUCUUUGACCAUCGCCCAUACAUGCUGAAUGAAGAUGAUUUUGAACGCACUUGUAAAAUCCCAAAACAAAAGGGCGCCAAUUUCAGAGACCUUGAAGGUGUGAUUGUUCGUUCUGAUAAUAGUGUUGAAUUAGACUUGGAGAAUCGAGUUUUGCUUGCUUCAGGAAAGCCUUUGGUUCCUGAUUAUGCUGUUAGCCUACUUCAAGGACAUUCAUUAAGGCCCUUCGGAAGGAUUUGGUGGGAUGAAAUCGUGAGCACGGUUGUGACAAGUCCAGAACCUCACUGUCAGACAAUAUUACAUCCAGAGCAGGACCGAGUUCUCACAAUUCGGGAAGUUGCACGGAUACAAGGUUUUCCUGAUUACUACAGGCUUUUUGGUCCUGUCAAACAAAGGUACACGCAAGUUGGAAAUGCAGUGGCUAUACCUGUGGCUAAAGCAUUAGGUUAUGUGCUGGGGCUUGCCAUUCAGAGAAAAUCUAGCAGUUCUCACAUGGUUGAGCUUCCGUCAGAUUUCUCUACCACAUCAAUAGCUCCUUCUAAGGAAAACGGGUGAACCACUUUGGACGUCCAAUAUCAAUUUUGAAUUUUACAUUGUGUUGAACUAUCAAUCCGAAAUGUGGUUGGGCUAAAUACUUUAACUGUUACAGCUAUUUUAUAUAUGCCAAAUUUGAUAGGUUUUCCUCUGCAUGCACUAUAGCAUAAGCAUAUUAGUAUAAGGUAAAAAAAUUAUAAAUGGAAUUUCGGAAGGUGAGAGAGAUAAAAGAACUUCUGAACAUAAACUAUGUUUUUCCUUCUCAAGAAGUUGUUCAUCAAUAUCUAAGUUAUGAAUUAUGUUGGGUGUGCA